CUGAAAUUAGGAGAGAAGACAACUUCUUUGAUAUCUCAGCUUGAUCACCGAGUCUCUUUGAUUUGGCUGCCAAGUUCUCUUUUCCCUGUGUGUUUAACUCUUCUCCAGUUGUGGGCCUCUGACAGCCAGUCUGUGCUUCUCCUACUGCCCCUUCAAGGGCAACGUUGCAGGUGAUACCAACUGGGAUUCCUAUGCUACCACAAUGAAGACAGCAUUCACAUAUAAAACAGGAGCAGUGCCAGCUUUAAUUCGUCAAAAAAGUAUCAAAAGAUUAGGAUAUACAUAUUCGCUUAGUGAUCCUAUUCUUAAUCAGACCCAGUACAAUGAUGAAUAUGUUUGGAAAUCGUAUUCUAAAGAAAAUUUGAUAAAUGGAACUGCAAGAGAAAUCAAGAGCUACAAAUUUCAUCCCAAUCAAGGAUUUGAAUGGACACUACCUAAAGGGCGUUCAGUGAUGACACCAAGAAGCUGCCUCUCUUGGAAAAUUCCUGCUUCCAUGGAAGAAAUUCAGAAAGCAAUUGCAGAUCAGUUCAUUUCUUGUACUAAGAGAGACUUUCUGGACCACACCAAAGCUCAGAAAAUUAAGAAAAGUUCUCAGGUGUCCCUGGAAUGGAGAAAGUCCCUUCCCCAACCUCUAGACACUGAAUUUCGACGGAAUUACCAAAUUCCAGCUAAAAUUCCUGAGUUGCAGGAUUUUAGUUUCAGAUAUGGAUGCUACUCAAGCCUGCCAAUUGCUUCUCGGGGUCUAGUCCCCUCCGUGCUGCACAGCUACAUGAGGAAUCAAGAACGCACGAAGCAGCAGACCAUAUACCAAAGUGACUACGGGAAAGCCUACCUGGACUUCUUAAUGAUCCUGAAUUCAUUUACUCCCUCUCAAGUUAAUGAGUACCUUCAGAGUGUUUCCUACAAAGACAGACAAAUACUUGACCGCUUUAUCCAUUCUCACUGUGACAUCAAAAAAGGGAAGAAAUGAAAAUAGUUUGGUUGAAGAAAACCUGAAGAUUAAUGGAAACACAAGUGUUUAUUCAUUUUGUCUAUAAUUAAAGAAA